AUGUCUCCCACACUGCUACAGGCAUCGGCUGUAUCCUUUGUGUUGCUUUCCAUUGGACACACGAUCAAGGGCAGACAAUGGACAGCGGACCCAAGAUUCAAAGCUAUCGCACGCACGAAUUCGUGGACUUGCGGAACUCUGGGGUGGUACCAGGUGCGUUGGACUUUGGACUUUGACUUUGGUGUCUUGUGUCUUCUUCACUGGCAAUGGGCGCAUAAUCCUAGUCUCCUCCAGGACCCAGUGAACAAAGCCAUGGCCGGAAUCGCAAAUAUCCUGCUUUGGGCCAGCUCGGUCUGGUAUGCUAAGUAUGGUAUCAAUGAUACUGCCGUUGUCCUUGGUAUAUCUGCUGCGUUGCAGGCUUUCGGUGUUGGUAAGGCUUGUCUAUGA